AUGGCGUGUGUGUUCUACCAGCGUGGCGUCUGCUCCUAUGGCGAUCGCUGCCGCUACGACCAUGUCAAGCCCAAACCCUCCUCCGCUACCGCCGUUCCUGCUCCACCACCCGCCACUGUCCCACCCACACAACCGAAUUUUGCACCCAAUCUCCCCUCUGUUUCCCCCGCCCGCGCUGCUGGCUCCUCCACGUCAGCAGUCGUGAAUCCAUCCUCUUCGUCCCUCCCACCUUCUAGGUUGACACCCACCGCGCCUGCUUUCCACCCUCCCGCUGCUGCUCGUGCUGCUGCUGCUUCUGCUGCUCCUGGUGAUCGUUCUGCUGCCGCUUUUACUACUGCUGCUGCAACUGCCCCUUCUGCUGCUGCAGCAGCAGCAGUACCGGUUACCACCACUGUCAUCCGUAACCGUUCCGGCCUCUACACCCCAGCCCAGUACUAUGCAGAACGCGCACAAGCCUCUAUACCCGUUACAGGGCCUAUACACGCUACAAACGGACUCGUUUCCGGGUACAGCUACGCCCACCCCUCUUCCGCUGCAGCCGCCAUGCCCCAAUACGACCCUGCUCUCUCCCCCGAGGCAAUAUUCGAGCGAGAUGCGUCAGGGAGCUCAUUGGACGGUCCAGAUUGGCUGCCGCGAUCUGCGAGCGAUCUGUUCGACAAGGGGCUUCCUGUGAUGCGCAUGAGUAGCGGUGGAGGGAGUGGGGUGAACCAGAGAGGAAAUGCAGCUGUAUUGGGGUUUGUCGAAAGAGAACAAGGGGGGAUAACAGGGCCCGAGGGUGGGGGAAUGCGCAUGGGUGGGACAGAUCAAGCGGCGGGAAAGCUGGGUUCUGUGUUGCAGGGGCCGCAGCAGAGUGUGUGGGUGGAGAAGGACUCGUUAGUGAGUGAUUCGCUAGUGAGUGACCCGUUUGGGGAGGAGGAGCUGGGGUUUGAGUGUGAGGUAGGGGAGGAGGAGCCGCAGCAGCAGGGCGUGUGGGCAGCGGAGGGGGGGGCGGGGUUUGCGAGUGAGGAGGAGUUUGAGGACUUCGUGAGAGAGGCGAGUGACUUCUCUGCUCAGGCAGCUGCUCUGAGAAUAGGGCUUAUCGCUCUCAUGGAUGAGGAGAGUCCUGGUUCUGCUGCUGGUGCUUCUCCUGUUGCUGCUGGUGCUUCUCCUGUUGCUGCUGGUGCUGGUGCUGCUGCAGCCACUUCGGCUCCUGAAACCUCAGCAGCAUCUGCAGCUCCUGCUUUCUCAGCAGCUGCUGCAGCAGCAGCGACAGCUCCUGCUGCUGUAUCGUUAGCACCUGCAGCCUCUGUAGCAUCUGUGGCCGCUGGUGGUGAUCGAUCAGUCAUUGGAACCCAAGUGCUUGACCCUGUAGGCAAGCCUUCUGCUGCUGGGCGGUUCCCUGUUGAUUACUCUGCUGGUUACGACGAUCCUGGUGGUUAUGCUGCUGCCUAUGCUGGCUACAGUGGCUAUCGCGGGAAUGGUGGGUAUGGUGGUUACAGUGCAAACGCUGCCGAUGCUGCUAAUGGUGGUAGUGUCCCUGCGUUGCCCAGCAACAACAGCAGUGGUGGUGGCAGCAACAGCAGCGGGUACAGUGCCUCUUUGGCUGACAGGCUUGACAAACCUGACAUGCCGCUCUGCACGCUGCCUCGAGUGGAGGCUGCUUCAGGCGCCUGCUGUGCCCGCGGCCCCUCCUGCCCCUUCCCCCACGGGGACCUCUGCCCCCACUGCGGCCGCUACUGCCUGCACCCUGCUCGACCCACGGUGAGUGUCUUUCUGUGCCAUUGUGCCCAACCUCCCCCUGUUCUCCUGCCCGCACUGCAUUGCAUUUCGUGCGAAUCUCUCCCUCCCCUCCCUCCCCUCCCUUCCCCCACCCACCCCCUUACCCUCCCCCCACGGGGACCUCUGCCCCCACUGCGCCGCUGCGGCCUGCACCCUGCUCGUCCCACAGUAAGCGACUUUCUGUGUCAACCUGCUGACAUGCCACUCUUGCCUCUCGUCUUUCUUUUCAUCGUCCCCACUCCCAUCCCUCGCCCCGCCUCUUUCCUCACGGCCUGCCUUCCUGCCCGCUCCAGCACACCACAGGAGCGGGAGGAGCAUAUAACUGAUCCCAUUGUCCACUCCUCCCAACAACCCAUCCACCCACCCACCCGCACACUACAGGAGCGGGAGGAGCAUGUGAAAGAGUGCAUGCGGCUGCAGAGAAAAGUGCAAGCCUUAAAGCUGAGCUCAGAGAUUGAGUGCAGCGUGUGCCUGGAGCGCGUGCUGGGGAAGGCCCGGCCUGCCGACCGCAAGUUUGGCAUUCUCUCCCACUGCGACCACCCGUUCUGUGUUGCGUGCAUCCGCAACUGGCGGGCUGCUGGGCAGGAGAGUGGCGAGUCCGUCCCGUUAGACCUGGACAACGCAGUGAGGGCAUGCCCCGUGUGCCGCGUGCGAUCGCACUUUGUCACGCCCAGUGUGGUGUGGUUCUUCAGCGAGGAGGAGAAGCAGGCGAUCAUCGAGGGAUACAAGAGAAAGCUCAAGAGCACUGACUGUCGCUACUUCAACUACGGCAACGGCCAGUGCCCCUUCGGCACCAGCUGUUUCUACAAGCACGCAUAUCGGGACGGGCGGUUGGAGGAGGUGAAAUUGCGGCACCUGUCUUCUGCUGAUGGGAGUGCUGUCAUUUCGAGAGACAUCAGGAUUUUGUCCGUAAACGCGACACGCGUGCAGGGGACGCACUGCAUUAUGGCGUCGUCAUUUCGCAUCCCAUCGCUCGCUCGGCUCGCGAGCGUCCCGCUGUUCGUUCUGUCGCUAGCGUUCGUCGCAUGCCGUCGCACGGCGGCCGUCGUGCUGCUGGUGGAAGGCAAGGAGUGCCUCACGGAGCACCUAGAAGCGAACGAGGCGGUGACAGGAAGCUUCGUGGUUAUUGACGUCGACAGCGCGUGGCUUAGCGACGCGGGAACCAUCGACUUCGAGAUUAUCGGUCCGCACAACCUGAAGCUGUACAGUGCGAAGCGCAAGGCAGAGGACAACUUCCAGUUCCGGUCCAUGUACUCGGGCGACUACAGCUUCUGUAUGGACAACACGGACCACAUGGCAGCUACUGUUCAGCUUAGCUACCACAUCGGCCACAAACCACACACCCAUGAGGUGGCCAAGGAUGAGCACAUGCAGGGAGUGCUUGGCCAGCCCGCGUCGCGGCGGCUGUCUGUGCGAGCCUCGGCAGUUUCGAGGGACGGCGGCUCGCGCGAGGUGUGGGAGGUGCCGCCGUCGUGGAGCGAUUUUCCUAUCGUGCGCUCUAUUGCGGGCGUGGCGGUACUGUUUGCGAUAGAGCGCGCGCUCGCCGCCACUGCGCGCACCUACAGCUUCCCCGUGCCCGCGCCCGUGCUGAUGCUGGCGGGAAUCGGCGCGCUUAUGGCGACCGGGCUGAAAGAGGCGGAGAUGGUGUACGAUUGGUGCUACCCAGCCAUCUCGUUCUUCGACCAAUGGAUGCCUCUCUUCUUCGUCCCCUCCGUGGCAUCAAUCGCUCUCGCCCCUCUCCCAACCGGUCUCGCCCUGACCAAGUCCAUUGCGCUCCUCCUCUCCUCCUACCUCCUCACUCUCUUCCUCUCCGCCCUCGUAGCGCGCUCUAUAGGCCAGCUACUCGACUCCUGGGGCUCCUUUACUAGCAGCCUCGCGGACGGGAAGGGGAGGGGGGGGAAGCGGAAAAGGGGGCCUGCGGGGGACGGGAGCAUGAGCGAUGGGGAGAAGGUGGAGCGGAUUGGGGACGCUGCUCGCAUGUGGGGGAAGCAAGCCGCGCAGAAGGGCGCCAAGGCGCUGGCGCAGGCUGCCAUGGGCGCGGGGGAGAAGGACGUACAGCAGUUGGCGGUGAAAGCCGCUAAAGCGCUCGACAAGGUAGCGGACAGCAUCAAAAUGCCAGUCAGACAAAAGCUGCCGCCCCUGCCCCUCUCCUCCGCCAAGUACCUCUACCUCGCUGCUGCCCUCAUGCUCUCGCCCGCGCUCCUCACCCCCGUGCCCACUGCCCAAAUGGUGGCGCCAGGCCUUCUCCUCCUCUCCAUCGCCGUCUUCCAGUCCGCCAAAACCCUGCCUGCCAACGUGCGUUCUCUCCUAGUCCCCACCGUGGCAGCAGGGGGAGUGAUGACGUCGCUGAUGGCCAUGUAUGGCUCAUACGCUCUCAACAACUGGCAGGCCGGCAUCCGCCUCUACUCCCAAGGGGCAGGUGCAUUUCUCGUGGCUCUGAUCGGGCCUGCAGUGGGGGCGUUGGGCUUUAAGGUAUUCACAGAGAAGUCACUGCUCAAGAGAUACGCGCUUGACAUUGCUGCCACGUGUGCAAUCAUGGUGCCAAUUCAGUUCAUGGUGACAGCGCUGCUAGGGAGGCUACUCAUGGCGCCCCCCAUCGUCAUCAACUCGCUCAUCCCCUCACACACCACUCUCGGUCUAGCCAUCGAGAUGGUGCCGCUGCUCUCUGCCAGCACAGGCCUCGUGGUGGCGGGUGUGACUAUAGCAGGCACCACCGGUAUUAGCACGGCCAGAACCCUCCUCGAUCAGUGGAAGGUGCGGGACGCUAUUCACAGGGGUCUGGCAGUCGGCAUUGCCUCGCACUCCCUCGGCACCUCUGCUCUGGUUGCAGAGGAGCCUCGCUCUGCUGCGGGUAAGACGGGUGCAGGUGUUGACUGGUGCAGUAGUAGUGGGGCAGGUGUGCAGGUGUUGUCUGGCGCAGGUGUUGUCUGGCGCAGGUGUUGUCUGGCGCAGGUGUUGUCUGGCGCAGGUGUUGACUGGUGCAGUGUCAGGCCUGGCCUUUGCUCUCAGGGGCACACUCAGUGUUAUCCUCAUCUCCAUCCCGGCAUUUUCUCUCUUCUCUCUCAUGAUGCUGUCCGCCUGGCAUUUGCUCUCAAGGGCACACUCAGUGUUAUCCUCAUCUCUAUUCCUGCCUUUCGGAUUGCUCUGCUUCAAUUGGCUGGCACUGCCUAA